AUGGUUCAGUUAUCUCCUCUACUGUUUGAUCCCCUCCAGAUCCCCCAAAUAUGCUUGAAUGAGUUGUUGGGGAUCCUCAAUUCCAUAUCUGGAAAUAAUCAUGUCCUAGUGCUACAGAGAGACUUAUCGAACAAGCUAAAUCUUUUGACUCCGUUCAAUGUUUUGAAAGAAAAAGGAAAGAUUAUGAGUGCCUUGUGGUUAGAGGAUGACAUCAACACUAAUAUAAUAGCUAGCAACAUUCUGAAUAUCAACAGUUUCGUCAUUUUGUGCGAGAAUGGUAUUGCCAACACCGAGUUGAUAGACAGAAGGAUCAAACAAUUGUACUCUGUAAAUCCGAAAUUCAAAUUUAAUGGGAUCAUCACUAAUGAGGUAUCCAGUGGUUUUGAGUUCAGAUUAGAGCAAUUGGGAAUCAAAGGUGACAUUCAAUUGCACUCUUGGGACUUGAAAGCAUCAGUAUUGGACCAUGAUUUAUUGUCGUUGGACCUAGACCUGAAAUUAAUUAAAACGUUAUAUUUGGAUAAUCUCAAUGAACCUAUGUCUAUGAUGGCGUCUAGUCUUUUAAAUUUGGUUAAUUUAUUUCCUACAUUAUUGAAAUUUAACAAUAUUUUGUUAAAGGGUAAUAAAUCAGUGAAAUUUUAUGAAAUAUUUACCAAUUUGAAAAACGAAUAUCUCAGCUCAUUGAAUCCAAUUCAAAGGAGGGAAAAUGAAAUGCUUGAAAAAGCUAGUAUCUUAAACAUCAAUAUAUCUAAAAAGGGAAGUGGUUCAACGAAUAUUGAGAGCCAGUUCAGUGAUUUGAUAGUUCUAGAGAGAGGAUUGGAUUUUGUUACUCCACUUCUCAGUCAACUAACUUACUUAGGGUUGGUGGAUGAACUAUAUGAUUUUGAAGCUAACGUGGUAAAUCUAGCCAAUGAAUCUAUUUUUUCUGAAGAUGAAGCCCCUAAAACUACAGUCUCUAAUGCUGAAGAGGUUGAUACCCAGAGCUCCCAGCCUUCCCCUGCACACACCAAAAUGCAUCCCAAGCAGAUCAAGCAAAUGAAUUUUGAUUUCCAAAAUGAUGAAAUCUUUCAAAAAAUCAAAGAUUUGAAUUUCGCAGCAGUGGGCCCAGUAUUAAAUAAGUAUGCGAAAGCUUUGCAAGAAGAAUUAGAUUCUCGCCAUAACUUUAAGAAGAUUUCACAAGUCAAAGAAUUUGUGGGUAAAUUGUCAACGUUACAGAAAAGCCAGUUUAAUUUAAAGAGUCAUACCUUGUUGGCAGAGAAUAUAUUAGUUAAAGUUAAAGGUAAAAGCCCCACUAUUGAUGAUGGAUUGCAAGUGAUAGAUGAAGAUGAAGAUGAAGAUAGUGAUAAUCUUUUCCCAAAAACACUAGAGUUACAACAAAGCAUCCUCGACGGCUACUAUGAUUUAAAAAAAUCUGUGGAUUCAAUUAUUAAUUUGAUCUAUGAGUAUAAUUCGGACUUGAACAGAACCCUUAAGCUUUGUUGUUUAUUAUCAAAAGUCAAUAAAGGAAUACCUGAGAAAUAUUAUCACUUGUUGAAAAAUGAAAUCAUCACCAAUUACGGUAUUAGGCAUUUGAUUACUUUGCAGAAUUUGAAUAAAAUGAAGCUAUUUUAUGUCAAGGAAUCUAUUUCAUACUUAUUGCCUCUUGCGUCAGCUGGUUCUGAUGAUGUUUCGAAAGCUAAGAACAAUGGUGAUGAUGCCGAGUUUGUUGUCUCAUACAUUAAAGAUUUUUCUAGUAUCAAGAACUAUUUGAACUUGAUCCCGUCGGAAUAUGACAGUGAUAUACAGAAUUCUCAAAACAUUUCCAAUUCUCAGCCUGACCCUGAGAAUCCACACGACGCUUCAUUUGCUUAUCCUAAUUUUGUUCCUAUAACUACGAGAAUUAUUCAAUCCGCUUACGAUAGAAGCUUCAUGAAUUCUUCCCUUUCAACUUAUUUGACAAAGUCACACUCUAGAUAUUUGAGUUCUACUCCUAGUUGGAAAGGGAUUGAUGAAUUAUGGAAAUUUAUUGCAGGAGAUCAAUUGGAAACCAGCUACUACUCUGACAAGCCGGGAAAUCUACCCAAUGCCAAAGGCAUUUCUGGCACAAAACCUACUAAUGAUGAACAGUCGUUGUGUUUCAUUGUCUUUAUUGGAGGUAUAACAUAUGGUGAAGUUGCAACACUUCGGUAUAUAGAGAAAAAAUUGCAAAACAAGGGGAUUAACAAACGAUUUGUGAUACUCACGGAUGGAAUAAUAAAUGGGGAUAAGCUUAUUGAGGCUUUCCUACCAGAUUCUAUUGGAGAUUGUUGA